CCGAGAGGUUGCGGUGCCUCUGUCAGUAACGAGUCAAGAAGCGCUCCCGGGAGGUGUAGGGACCGUCUUUUUAUUAACGCAACUGCCGGAGUCUCGAGGAGGUAUCCCGGCAGCCGUCACCAUGGUGAAGGAGCAGUUCCGGGAGACGGAUGUGGCCAAGAAAAUAAGCCACAUCUGUUUUGGAAUGAAGUCACCCGAGGAGAUGCGACAGCAGGCACACAUCCAGGUCGUGAGUAAGAACCUGUACAGCCAGGACAACAACCAUGCCCCCUUGCUAUAUGGGGUGCUUGACCACAGGAUGGGUACCAGUGAGAAGGACCGUCCUUGUGAAACCUGUGGUAAAAACUUGGCUGACUGUCUGGGCCACUACGGAUACAUUGACUUGGAACUGCCAUGUUUUCACGUGGGGUACUUCAGAGCAGUUAUAGGCAUCUUACAGAUGAUCUGCAAAACCUGCUGCCAUAUCAUGCUGUCCCAGGAGGAGAAGAAGCAGUUUCUAGAUUAUCUAAAGAGGCCUGGCCUGACCUACCUCCAGAAGCGAGGACUGAAGAAGAAAAUCUCUGAUAAAUGCCGAAAGAAAAACAUCUGCCAUCACUGUGGUGCUUUUAAUGGUACUGUGAAGAAAUGUGGAUUACUGAAGAUAAUUCAUGAGAAAUACAAGACCAACAAAAAAGUGGUAGAUCCUGUCGUAUCAAAUUUCCUUCAGUCUUUUGAAACUGCCAUAGAGCAUAACAAAGAAGUGGAGCCCCUGCUGGGACGAGCACAGGAAAACUUGAAUCCCUUGGUAGUUCUAAAUUUAUUUAAACAAAUCCCGGCUGAAGAUGUCCCUCUUCUUCUGAUGAACCCAGAAGCUGGAAAGCCUUCCGAUUUGAUUCUUACGCGACUUUUAGUUCCCCCCUUGUGUAUCAGACCCUCUGUUGUGAGUGAUUUGAAGUCUGGCACCAAUGAAGAUGAUCUGACAAUGAAAUUGACAGAAAUCAUUUUCCUAAAUGAUGUCAUUAAAAAGCAUCGGAUAUCAGGAGCUAAGACCCAGAUGAUCAUGGAAGACUGGGACUUCUUACAGCUACAGUGUGCCCUCUACAUCAACAGUGAGCUCUCAGGCAUUCCCCUUAACAUGGCACCCAAGAAAUGGACCAGGGGCUUUGUCCAGCGCCUGAAGGGAAAACAGGGUCGAUUUAGAGGCAAUCUCUCAGGAAAGAGGGUGGAUUUUUCUGGCAGAACAGUCAUCUCACCUGACCCGAACCUCCGAAUUGAUGAGGUAGCUGUGCCAGUUCAUGUGGCCAAAAUUCUAACCUUUCCCGAGAAAGUAAACAAAGCAAACAUCAGCUUUUUGAGGAAACUGGUUCAAAAUGGACCUGAAGUUCACCCAGGAGCUAAUUUCAUUCAGCAGAGACAUACACAGAUGAAAAGGUUUUUGAAAUACGGAAAUAGGGAAAAAAUGGCUCAGGAGCUCAAGUAUGGGGACAUCGUGGAGAGACACCUCAUAGACGGGGAUGUGGUACUUUUCAAUCGGCAGCCCUCGCUGCACAAACUGAGCAUUAUGGCGCAUUUGGCCAGGGUCAAGCCCCACCGAACCUUCAGAUUUAAUGAGUGUGUAUGUACACCCUACAAUGCAGAUUUUGAUGGUGAUGAAAUGAAUCUUCAUCUUCCUCAAACAGAAGAAGCUAAAGCAGAGGCCCUUGUUCUAAUGGGUACUAAAGCAAAUCUUGUAACUCCAAGGAAUGGAGAACCACUAAUUGCUGCUAUUCAGGAUUUUCUAACAGGUGCCUAUCUCCUCACUCUUAAGGACACUUUCUUUGACCGAGCCAAAGCUUGCCAAAUCAUUGCUUCAAUAUUGGUUGGCAAGGAUGAGAAAAUUAAAGUUCGCCUCCCACCUCCUACAAUAUUAAAGCCUGUCACCCUGUGGACAGGAAAGCAGAUCUUCAGUGUCAUCCUCAGACCUAGUGAUGACAGUCCAGUGAGGGCCAACCUUCGAACCAAGGGCAAGCAGUACUGUGGCAAAGGAGAAGAUCUCUGUGUCAAUGAUUCCUACGUUACUAUCCAGAACAGUGAGUUGAUGACUGGUAGCAUGGACAAAGGAACACUGGGAUCAGGGUCUAAGAAUAAUAUUUUCUACAUUCUGCUGCGAGACUGGGGCCAGAAUGAAGCUGCCGAUGCCAUGUCACGGCUUGCCAGGCUGGCGCCUGUCUACCUCUCAAACCGUGGAUUCUCGAUUGGGAUUGGUGACGUCACACCUGGCCAAGGGUUGCUAAAGGCCAAGUAUGAGUUACUGAAUGCUGGCUACAAAAAAUGUGAUGAGUACAUUGAAGCCCUAAACACAGGCAAGCUGCAGCAGCAGCCUGGCUGCACUGCUGAGGAGACUUUGGAGGCUCUGAUCCUAAAGGAGCUGUCGGUGAUCCGUGAUCACGCCGGCAGUGCCUGCCUCCGGGAGCUGGACAAGAGCAACAGCCCUCUCACCAUGGCUCUGUGCGGCUCCAAAGGUUCCUUCAUUAACAUAUCACAGAUGAUUGCCUGUGUGGGACAGCAAGCCAUCAGUGGCUCCCGAGUUCCAGAUGGCUUUGAAAACAGGUCCUUGCCUCACUUUGAAAAACACUCAAAGCUUCCAGCUGCCAAAGGCUUUGUGGCUAAUAGCUUUUAUUCUGGUUUGACACCAACCGAGUUUUUCUUCCACACAAUGGCUGGCCGGGAAGGUCUAGUUGACACAGCCGUAAAGACAGCUGAAACAGGAUACAUGCAGAGAAGGCUUGUGAAGUCCCUCGAAGAUCUUUGUUCACAGUAUGAUUUGACAGUCCGAAGCUCUACGGGUGAUAUUAUACAGUUCAUUUAUGGAGGAGAUGGCUUAGAUCCUGCAGCUAUGGAAGGAAAAGAUGAACCCUUGGAGUUUAAAAGGGUUCUGGACAACAUCAAAGCAGUCUUCCCGUGUCAGAGUGAGCCUGCUCUCAGUAAAAACGAACUGAUCCUGACCACUGAGUCGAUCAUGAAGAAGAAUGAGUUCCUCUGCUGCCAGGACAGCUUCCUGCAGACCUUAACUGAGACAGGCUAUGAGAAGUAUAACGAGGAAAUAAAAAAAUUCAUUAAGGGAGUUUCUGAGAAGAUCAAGAAAACCAGAGACAAAUAUGGCAUCAACGAUAAUGGCACAACAGAGCCCCAAGUGUUAUACCAGUUGGACCGGAUCACCCCAACCCAAAUAGAAAAGUUUCUGGAGACCUGUAGGGACAAGUACAUGAGGGCACAGAUGGAACCAGGUUCUGCGGUAGGUGCACUCUGUGCCCAGAGCAUUGGUGAACCAGGCACCCAGAUGACCCUGAAGACUUUCCACUUUGCAGGUGUGGCCUCCAUGAAUAUCACUCUGGGUGUGCCCCGGAUCAAAGAGAUCAUCAACGCUUCCAAGGCCAUCAGCACUCCAAUCAUCACGGCACAGCUGGACAAGGAUGAUGAUGCGGAUUACGCUCGCCUUGUGAAAGGGAGGAUUGAGAAAACCCUCCUGGGAGAGAUUUCAGAGUAUAUUGAAGAAGUGUUUCUUCCCGAUGAUUGCUUUAUUCUCGUCAAACUCUCCCUGGAACGGAUUAGACUUCUGAGACUGGAAGUGAACGCUGAGACGGUGCGGUAUUCCAUCUGCAUGUCCAAGCUCCGUGUGAAGCCGGGUGAUGUGGCUGUUCACGGCGAGGCUGUGGUGUGUGUCACCCCCCGAGAAAACAGCAAGAGCUCCAUGUACUAUGUGCUGCAGUUCCUGAAAGAGGAUCUCCCCAAGGUGGUGGUACAGGGCAUCCCAGAGGUGUCCAGAGCUGUCAUCCACAUCGACGAGCAGAGUGGAAAGGAGAAGUACAAGCUCCUGGUGGAGGGCGAUAACCUGCGGGCAGUCAUGGCCACCCACGGUGUCAAGGGCACCCGAACCACCUCCAAUAACACGUAUGAGGUGGAGAAGACUCUGGGCAUUGAAGCUGCCCGGACCACCAUCAUCAAUGAGAUCCAGUACACAAUGGUCAACCACGGCAUGAGCAUUGACAGGAGACACGUGAUGCUGCUCUCUGACCUGAUGACCUACAAGGGGGAAGUUCUGGGCAUUACUAGGUUUGGCCUGGCCAAGAUGAAAGAGAGUGUGCUGAUGCUGGCCUCCUUUGAGAAGACGGCUGACCACCUCUUUGAUGCUGCCUACUUUGGGCAGAAGGACUCCGUGUGUGGGGUGUCUGAAUGCAUCAUCAUGGGAAUCCCCAUGAACAUUGGAACUGGGCUGUUCAAGCUGCUCCACAAGGCUGACAAAGACCCGAGCCCUCCCAGGAGACCCCUGAUCUUCGACACAAACGAAUUCCACAUCCCCCUUGUCACAUAGUCCAAGGAAGAGGGGACCAUGCCUGACCUUGUCCUGUCUAGAAAGGGCCUUCAGACCAACAGCUGCCUCGGCCAUGUGCUCCCUGGGGCGGAGGCCCUGGUUCCCACGCCUUGUCAGCAGUCAAAGAAGGCCCCUGCGCCCCCGGGAGCAGCUCACCCACUAACUGACCACACCGCUUGGUCAGGACAACUGAGUUUUCUCUGUCGUUUCUUUAAACCUAACCCAGGAAUAACUCCAGGCGUCCUGCCCACCCACCUCCCUGACUUACAGGGAUGCCCUGCCAGGCAUCUUCACUGCUUCCCACUUCACUCAUCUGCCCAUCAGGGCCCAGGACCGAGGGUGCUGAGCCCCAGAGCCAAGGCACAGCCCCAGGUUUCCAGUUCCUCAGUCAUGCUGGAAUCUCAGUCUGAUGUACCCUUGUAAAUACUGUUACUAUUUAUUCAGUUUAAAAAUUUGGAGGUUUUGUUAUUUGGUUUUACUUUUGAAACCACGAAAGCCAGCAUUGAAGUGUCACUGGAAAAACUGGUUAAGCAAAUGAGACAGUCUAGGAUUUGUAAUUGAUUUGAGGCUGCCGUGAGGCCCAAGCUGCUCUGAAAUGCCUUUCACAGGUGCCCUGGCCACCCUGUCGUUUUCGUCUACCUCCAGUCCCACAGGUUGUGGCACUGCCUUGUCACUACUAUGUGACAGAGUCAAGCCUGUUCUUCGUGGCCUUUGGGCCCUGCUGAGGUGGGGACUGUCUUUAUAUGUGGAGAUGAUGAGCGAGGCCGGUCCAGGCUGCCUGUACUGGCAUCUGCACCCCUCCUGAAGCAACAGGCAGGUGCACAACUGGUGGCUUAAAAAGUGCCCCAGGGGCACUGGCAGCAGGUGCCAGCUGUAAGGGGUGAAAGGGUCACUCAGAGGAAUGGAGACCCACAUGGGUGAGUGCCAGCUGGAUCUGGGGACUUGCCCACUUGGCAUGGCAGCCUCCUCGAACGGAAAAUGUAUGGUGACAACAGAAAGCAUGUGUCAGGCUGUGAGGAGAGAACCAGCAGGGUAUCCCAGAAAGACCCUCGUUUAUCCCUGAUCUGUGUGGCUCAGUGGGUUGGGCAUCAUCCCGCAAACUAAAAGGUCACUGGUUUGAUUCUCCGUUGGGGCACAUGCCUGGGUUGUGGACCAGGUACUCCCUUGGGGGUGAGCAAGAGGCAACCGAUCAAUGUUUCCCUCUCUCCCUCUCUUCCCCUCUCUCCAAAAAUAAAUAAAAUCUUAAAAAAGAAAAAAGAGACCUGCAUUUAGUAUACUCAGGCAUCUGCCAGUGAAUGCACCCUUGCUAGUGGAUUCUUCAGGGUUUCUGAGGGGGAUAUCUGCAACAUAGGAAAGAAAAGUACAUAGCUUGUCUUCUAGAGAGCAGGAAGGGUUUGGUCCUGGAGACUGCCUUCUUUGUGCCAAGUUGGCCCAGGGCCACAGAGAAGAAAUAGUGAUGGCUGCAGCCCCUCUGCCCCUGGAGAAUGUACUGUGGAGCCUCAUCCCACCGUCCUGACUCCUUCCUGCCCAGUGGGGCCUUUCAGGACCAAGGCUUCUUGGUUGGGAGUGAGGGGAUAGUGCAAAAAAAGUAAGGCUUUGACACCAAUUCUGGCUCCAUACACUUGAGAAGGUUUACUUAUAUGACUCAGUCAAUUUAUCUCAUCAUGUAAAGCCACUGGAAGAAAUAGCCUGAACCAAAGAGAUGGGAGUUUAUUGUUGAGCAGGAAGAUGGUUUGGACGAGUAGAGAGAGGGGUGUAGUAAAAGAAAAAGUGGCAGUCUCAAAGAAUUUAAGUGGUGUUUUUUAGACUUACAUUUUUUGGACAUUUCCUACUUGAUUCCCGUGUUACUGAGUUGAUGCUGCUGAAGUACUUUGGUCCGUGUUAGAAUGGGUGCUUGCUCCCCCAUGCUGAUGUGGUUCUGAAUUAGGAAUUCUUAAUCUGAAUUAUUUU